AUGGCACGUGAAGGAACCCGCUCCCAGACCGGCAACUCCAAGCCGCGUCUCUUCCCAGUCGUCGACACCGCUCCUGUUCGCAAGCAGAACACUACGACCACCACGACCGCGAAGAAGCCCAAGACCACUUCUACUGCUGCCAAGGCCGCAAAGCCUGUUGGCGUCACCAAGAAGAAGGCCACCACCGCCAAGAAGGGCCCCUCUGUCGCUACCAAGGCCAAGUCGGUAGCCAAGAAGGCAGAAACCAAGGUCGCCGCUGCUACCAAGGCAGGCAAGAAGGAGACCAAGCCCAAGACCACAAAGGCCAAGGCGACCCCGGCCGCCGCCUAA